GGGUUGCUUGAGAUUACCGCUCGAGUAUAUUGCUCAGGCGUAAGACACUUUUCCUUCAUCACAAAUUCUCCGCCCGUGAGUAAGGAUGGCCUCACCUCAGCCAGCCAGUCCCCCCACUGCAGAACCCAGCACUUCUCCACCUGCUGAGACCGAGUCCAGUAAAGAGGGAGAACAGGUUACAGAACAGCCAACAAGGAGGAGAGGCAAAGGGCGACCAGCCAAAUCUCAGCACUGUUUUAAAUGUUCAGCCUGUCAGGAGACUUUUGGCAGCCCGUCCUCUCUCCGCAGCCACAAACUGUCGGCACACGGCAAAGAGAGACAGCAGCAGUUUACCUGCGCUCAGUGCAGUAAGACUUUCCCCAGCCGUGCCCAGCUGUCCAAGCACCAGCGCUCCCACAUGGCACAGCGCCCUUUCCAGUGCUCCCAGUGUCAUAAAGCCUACAAGACCCCGACAGAGCUGCGGAACCACAGCCGUUCCCACACAGGGGAGAAGCCCUUUGUGUGCUCCGAGUGUGGGAAAGCCUUCAUGCAGGCUAUCUGUCUGCGGAUACACAUGACCCAGCACAGCGGGGAGAGGCCGCACUCCUGCCCCCACUGCUCAAAGAGUUACCCCACGUUGUCCAAGCUCAAAGUUCACCAGCGCUCGCACACGGGGGAGAAGCCCUACUUCUGCGUGGAGUGCGGAAAGAGCUUCGCCGACCCGUCCGUGUACCGCAAGCACCGGCGUAACCACCAGGGCCACCGGCCGUACUCCUGCGGGGAGUGCGGGAAGACGUACACCGAGCUGAAAGACCUGAAAAACCACGAGCGUUCCCACACGGGAGAAAAGCCCUACCUGUGCUCCGACUGCGGUAAGGCCUUCUCCCGGUCGUCCUCCUUAGCCUGUCACCUGCGCAUCCAUUCCCAGAGCAAGCCCUAUCAGUGUGAACAGUGUGGCAAGGGCUUCACUCAGCUCUCCUCCUAUCAGUCUCACCUGCGCACGCACUCGGGCGAAAAGCCCUUCCUCUGCCCACAGUGUGGCAAAAUGUUCUCGGACCCCUCCAGUUUCCGCCGACACCAGAGGGCACAUUUGGGUUUUAAGCCCUACCCCUGCGACAAGUGCACCAAGAGGUUCCGGCAGCCGGCGGAUCUGGCGGUGCACCAGCGGGUCCACUCCGGGCAGAGGCCGUACAAAUGUCAGAACUGUGACAAAGCGUUUGUGGCGUCCUGGGACCUGCGCAGGCACAUGCUUGUGCACACCGGCGUGCGACCUUUCUCCUGCACCGAGUGCGGGAAGUCGUUCGCCGAGCGCUCCAGUCUCAACAAACACAGGAGGGUGCACUCGGGGGAGCGUCCGUUCAAAUGCCAGCUGUGUUUAAAGUCGUUUGUCGUGGCCUCCAGUUUGCGCAAACACGAGAAAACGCACUUGACCGAAAGGCCUUUGGAGCAGCGCCCGGCGCCUGGCCAAACCUUCCCCAGCGCUGCCCUCCCAGACUUUUCCUGCGCCCACUGCAACUGCACGUUUGCUACGUGGGAGGAGGUGCAGGCGCACGAAAGCUUUCACGCUUUCUCGUCGCAGCCUGCGUCCACGGUAACAGCCCUGCCCAUCGGCUUCCACAUCUGCGUGACCUGCCGCGCCGAGUUCGUCCAGCUCUCCGACCUCAAGGCCCAUGAGAAGAUUCAUCCUAAGCCGCGCCCCCACAUCUGUGACAGCUGCGGCAAGGGCUUUCAGAACAAGACGGGACUUCGCAAACAUCAGCGCACGCACUCCACCAGCUGGCCACACAGCUGCCGGAUAUGUGGCAAGUCUUUUCUGUUUCCCGCCUACCUUCGCAAGCACUUACGCACUCACCGCGACGCCGAGCCCGCCCCUUCCCUUCCCGAGACUGACAUAGCGCACACGGAGCCCCUCCCCUCCCCGCCCAACGAGGUUUCUCUCUCGACGGACGAGAACAGCGGCAUCUCUCUGAUGGUUCCUGUGGCCGUGUCUGCGUUUCCCGCCAUGCAGAGCCAUGGUUACGACGUCAAGGAGGAGGGACUCUGAACUCCUCCUGCUUUAAAACAGUGGCCUUGAGUGUUUGGACUGGCAGUGUAACCGUGUAGUGUACAGCAGUGGAAGUCCCCUCUGACCUGUGUCUGCCUGACCCUGCAUGUGAGUGAGUCUAGUCCUGGCAGAGGAGGACACGGCUGCCCAUAUGUCAAAUGUCAAACCAACGAAACCUUUCA